GUGUAUUGCCCUCUGAUGCUGAUUCUGCUAAAUGUUGGGGAUCUGCAUUAUCACCGGGGGUUCUGAGUAACCAGCACGGUUUCCCCUGGACAGCGAUCUGGAUCAGCAAUCGAGGCACUAGAUCUUGGGCGGGGACUAAGUUCUUUUUUGGACUCUGCCUCUGCACCCCAGUUCAGGAACCACUGUGGCCUUUAAACCUGCCGCCCCGAGGUCACACUGCCUAGUCCUUAGCAAGACCGCUGGUUCUUUGGAGUCUAGGAAAUCUUUUGGUGCGGGGAGCAAAGGGCCACGCCUUUGACCUUGCGUGCUACCUCUGUCAGGGCGCGAGCCCUGGCGUGCACCUGCGCCCGGGGUCCCCGCGCCCGCAGCCCGCUGCGCGCGCCGCUUCCUGAGCGCGCGGCCCGCGGACCCGCCCUGCUGCUGGGCCCCGAGGCGACAGCCGAGGUACAGGUGCCCCGGGUGCAGAUCGACUCCCUCUGCCCGCCGCCGCCCUCGUCGGAGCAGGCCUCGCGUCCCUUGUCCCGCCUUCUGCUGCGGCCGCCCUCCCGCCGCGCCAAAUGCAGGCUGUCGCCCUCCCCGAGGAGAUCCGUUGGCUCCUGGAAGAUGCUGAAGACUUCCUGGCGGAGGGCUUGAGGAAUGAGAACCUCAGUGCUGGUGCUCAGGACCAGAGAGACCACAUUCUCCGGGGCUUCCAGCAAAUCAAAUCCAGGUACUGUUGGGAUUUUCAGCCCCAGGGAGGAGACCUUGGCCAGGACAGCUCUGAUGACAAUCUGAGUGGGACUCACGGCCCAGCCCUCCCAGCAGAUGCAUCCUUUUGGUCCGAUUAUCAGGAUGAGGGAGUGGAAAACAUCUUAAGAGGGGCUCAGGAGCUGGAUAACAUCAUCAAGCAAGGAUACCUGGAGAAGAAGAGCAAAGAUCAUAGCUUCUUUGGGUCAGAAUGGCAGAAGCGAUGGUGUGUGGUCAGCAGAGGCCUCUUCCUCUACUACGCUAAUGAGAAAAGCAAGCAGCCCAAAGGGACCUUCCUCAUUAAGGGCUACAGUGUCCGGAUGGCCCCCCACCUGCGAAAAGACUCCAAGAAAGAAUCCUGCUUUGAACUGACCUCCCAGGAUAGACGCAGCUAUGAGUUUACAGCUCUGAGUCCAGCUGACGCCAGAGACUGGGUGGACCAAAUAAGUUUCUUGUUAAAAGAUCUGAGCUCCUCAACCAUCCCCUGUGAAGAGGAAGAGGAAGAGGAAGAGGAGAAAGAAGAGGAAGAAAUGUAUGAUGACAUUGACGGUUUUGACUCCAUCAAGGCUGGUUCCCAGGGCAGAGCCGUGACCUUGCCUGAGCCCACAGAGGAAGAAGAGGACAUUUAUGAAGUCCUACCAGAUGAAGACCUUGAUUUAGAAGAGGAUGCACGCGGCACUCAUCGACGGCGAGUGGACUGCGCCAAUUAUUACCAAGGCCUGUGGGAUUGCCAUGGUGACCAGCCAGAUGAACUGUCCUUCCAACGAGGUGACCUCAUCCGAAUUCUGAGCAAGCUCGGCCACCAGCACUGCCAAAUGUGGGGAGCAUCCUGGACCCCCACACCCAACUGAAAUGAAAGACGCUCGGGCCCUUUCUUAUUUGCUCCUCUGCCGUGGAUCACCUGCCUGUCAUUCUUGCUAGACUCCUGCUAGCUCCUCUUCUAGGGAGGAACCUAAGGCUCAGAAGCCGCUGUCUGCACAGCACUUUCUAUUGGGAACACAGCCGCACUCCUGCAGACCCUAAGGUCACAUGACUGCUAAAUGGCCAACGGAGGAUUUGCUGCCCGCCUAUCCGACUCCAAGGGCCAUUACUCUAGCCUGUAAACUCCUAAGAAGCAAGCCAUGUUUGGACUCAUCAGUCUGUCCCUUGAGGAAAUCCAGCUAGCACUUUGCAAAGGAAGAUGCUUGAUGGAUAGUAUUGAUUUGAACUAUGACCUGUCACCCUGAACAUCUCUAGUAUUCUGGCAUUUUAGGUAGUGUUCAACCUUCUCUGAAGAAGCCAUAGCAUUCGCUUGGUUAAAAGGGUGGGGUCUAGAAAGAUGGCUGAGCACCUAAGAGCUUAUACCACUCUUCCAGAGGACCUGAGUUCGAUUCCCAGCACCCAUAUCAAGUGGCUCACAACCACCUUUAACUCCAG